CUUUCGCACGCUUCCACUUCCACUUACGACUUCCAUAUUAUCAUGACUUCACUCCCACCUGCGAUUCUCCCCCUUUUUGUCAACAAACAUGGCAACUUGCGUGCUUAUGCUUCCGAAACGAUGAUUCUUGUGUUCUGCAUCCAGCGACAAGCAACGUGCUCGUAGAUGAAGAAAGCAUAGAAAGUAUUGUGGCAUGCACUGUUUUACGCCGACAGUUUGUCGGUCAGCGCUGGUUUGUGUAGCGUUUGUGACCGCUUUCGUGUUUAUUUUGAUCAGCUCUGGCAGCUCGUCGUCUCGACUUGCUUACCACUGGGUGCGACUAAAGCCCUCAAAUUAUUGGCAGAAGUUCAAAGAGCAUCAGCUAGUUCACGUGUCGCAGGCAGCGAGCUAUUAUGCUUCUAACAACACAGAAGACGGACAUCAUCAAAGCGAGUUCAAGCCUUCGACCGUCCAAGACGAGGACUUCGACAUAAGCGGCUCGGAUGUUGUCGUUUUAUUACAGAUACAAAACGCCGGUGCUAAUUUCUUAGAACGGCGAUUAAUUGAAGACCUAGUGUUACAGAGACCUUGUGCAUGCCGUCGAGGCCGAAAAAUUUGUCACUGCUUCAGACCUCGCAAGCGCAGUUCGUGGCUCUUCAGUAGGUACACGCUGGGAUGGAAAUGUGGUGUCCAUCCGGACUGGACUGAAUUGAAUACCUGUGUAGAUCGCGUGCUCGACGAAGACGAAGGAGUCCCCACGAAACGCAGGUAUUUUUACAUAACCGUGCUGAGAGAUCCCGUCGCCCGGUUCCGCAAUGAAUGGCGGCGGUUCCACCAGAAUCGAGGCUGGCAUGGCUCCCGGCCCCAUCCUCACUUUUGCUUGGACCAACCAGUGUCAGUGCCUGCUCCCAGUGUCUGCUUUGAAGGCAGGAGACCUGAAAAUAUCACCCUUACUGAGUUUGUGUCCUGUUCAGCAAACCCUGCACUUAAUCGCCAGACACACAUGCUUGCUGAUCAUGGCCUCAUUGAUGGCUGUCCUCAGAAUGAUUCAGUUGGAUUGUUGCUUACCAAGGAGGACCGUGACAUGGUUCUUUUGACCAGUGCAAAGAAAAACCUGGAACACAUGGCUUUCUUUGGCCUUGCAGAAUUCCCUCGUCUUUCAGAAUCUCUAUUUGAGGCUACAUUCAAGUUGAAAUUUCGAAGAAGGGCAAGGCCACGUAAAUUUUUACGUGGUCGGCUGAUGGGACGUGGUCAUGCAGUACCUUCGCCCGGUGAAGUGGAAAAGGUGACAGCUGCCAAUAGUUUGGACACAGAAUUGUACAACUAUGCCAAGGAGCUUCUUUUUGAUAGAUUUCACAAACUUCGUGACAGUGACCCAGCUGUAGAAAGGAAUAGCAACAACAUAGAUUCAGAAGAUGAUGAAAACUGGGCAGAAGAGGAAGACUUCUUUGAUAACAUAUAGCAAUGUUUUAUUUUAAUACUAAAUUUAAUCCAGCUAGAUAGACUAUUUGGAUUACUUUCAUGUGUUAGCAUAACAUAAAAGAAAUUGAUCCUCAAACAAUGAUGACAAAAAAAAAUGCAGUAACCUGCUUGAAUCAAGGUUUGGAAGCAUUUUCUUUGCAGGUUUUAUGCUCUUCAUUUAAUAUUCAGGCAGUUGCACAUCUGCACCAACUAGAUUCAGUUGCCAAUCUCUCAGUGAUGCUAUCAUAACCCAUGGUUCUUUAGCAAAAAUGUGGGCCCUAGGCUCUUUAACUAUUGGUAUUCGCAAAUUGAAUUCACUUUUCUGUUCACUGCUGUUACUGUGUUGAGUGCAGCUUUUACAGAAGCAGGAUUGGCAACUUAUGCAGGUAAUGUUUCAGUUUUAGUUUUAUCUGUACUGCACCAUUAGCUAACACCACAGGUUCCAUUUAAAACAGUUCUUGAAAGCUGUAAGUGUGUGUGCUGUGUUGCAUAAUCAAUAGGAAACUUUGGAGUGUACAGUGUGGUACAAGUGACUGCAGUUAUCAUGGGCCUGAAGCAAAGUACAUUGAGCAGUCACACACAGUUAUUUAUGAAACUUCAUGUACAUACUUUAGCUGGUGUCUGGUUUAAACAGCCUUUAUCACCAUAAUGUUGUUACUUUUAGUGUAUAUGUGACGUUCCUCACAUUGCUGGUGUGUGUGAUUGUGGAAAACAAUGCAAGUUUGUUACUGUGUACAGCCUGAUAGAAUAGGGGGAAAGUGGAGAGUUUCAGUGUUUGUAGUGUAUGAAUUCAACAAGGUGUGAGCUUAGAUUUACAGAUUGAACCUAUGGUUUCACUUGGCCUCUGCUGCCCAGUGCAAUUGCUGCUUAUGGACCGUGUCCUGUCAUUACAUUGUGAGUGUUUCCCACCAACGAACUGCAGCUAUUGAUUGAAUAUUGUGUUUUUAUGACUAACAGAGUGCAGCUAACGAUUAAAAGGACACUAAAGAUAAGCACUAAAUAAGUUCAGACAUAUAAAGUAUUCUUUCAAAACUCUGUUUUAGUUCAUAUUGCAGGAAGAGGUUGAUUACUGGAAGAGAAAAUGAAAGUCCUAGUUUCAUUUUUAGAAAUGUCGCACUGGAAUGUCAGUGUGACUUCACGAAUUUCGAAGCUUUUUAUUUUAUUUGGGCCGUUGUGGUUCAUUAGUACUUCAUCAGUCCAGUCCAAUCAUUGGGUCUUUUAGAAUUCGAUGUAGUCGAUCUUUUACAAAAGUUAACUAGGCCCGAGAAAAUGCGGUCAAAAUCCAUGACAUUAUGGCAAGGUGGUAGGGAUACUUCAAAGGCAACUACAAUGAAAUUUUACUUAGGCUAAAUUAGUUGUAAAUGAGUAGUAUAUACUUGCUGCUGAAGCAACCUUGGUGAAGUUGCAGGGCUGGUAAUUGUCUAAUUGCACUAUUAACAGCCUUUAAGUAGCACCUAAGCAGAUGACAUGUACACCUGGUGGUUGAGCUGGCAUGACGUAAGUUCCAGCACGUCACCUCCAAAAUUUUUCACCAUGCCGUAGGAAGACAUGGGAAAUGGCUAAUCUCGUAGGUCAUGCCUGGGAGCCUUGCAUUCUUAGUCAUGCAUCAAUUCCAGUGAGCGGUGUGGAAGUGUUUGUUUCAGUUUCAGUAUCUAAAACACCUACAUUUCCAAGCUUUUCGUGACACAUCAACUCGUAGUUGAAAAAUAAAAUUUAGCAUGGAGACUGCUGUAUACUUACGCUGUCUGAAACUAGGCUUUUUAUGUGGCGUGAAAUUUCGUUCCAUUUGGCUCUAGGGUGCGUCACAACCUGUCUUUUGUUUUUGCUUCUUUUCUAUGUUACUUUGUUACUCUUUUCUAUGUUCUUUUUACAAUAAGGGUGUUUUUUGUAGUGUUCUCUAUCGGUUGUUUAUUAAGCUCAAGUUACUUUCUUCUUUAGCAUCACUUUAAAUAUUGGAAGUGUUUCCCUCUUAUAGAAUGCAGCUGUUAUUAUAUUUGUCUUUAUAAGUGCAGCUUCUCUGACAAGUAACAUGAGCCCGUGAAACAUAUGGAAAGAUUCAGACUUUUAUAACACUUUCUGUGACAAAAAGAAGGCACUUAGUGAUCUAUUUUUGAAAUGCUGGCCCUUCAAAUCUGCAUGUCUUGCAUCAUUCUAUAUAUCUCCUUAUGCUUGUCUGAUUUUCAUAUGAUUUGUUUCACAAUAUGGAAAUGUCCUCCAGUAUUAUUUCUUUUGUGAUAUCUUUGCUAUCAUUUACAAAUUCAUUGUGAGCUGACUGAAAUUUUAAAUUUGCUUUUGCUAUUAUUAAUCUGAAAGAAAGAGAAUUAACGUGAAAACAUGUGAAUAUUUGUUACAAGACUUCAGCUACAUGUAUGUGAAAUCCAUCAUGACUAUUGUGAGUGAUGUCGAUGUAAUAUAAACAAUGAUGCCUCAUUUUUCUUACCACAUUACAUGGUAGCUUGUACAUUGAAGGCAAGGAGUGAAUAUAAGUUCAAGUUGGUGAUAAGGAGGGCUGUGUUUGCCAAGAUAGUUGCAUUUCUGAAUCACUUACCUUGAGUUUAAGGGCUCAAACAUGCUCUGUAAUACCAUGAUGAGGGAAGCAGCACUAAGCUUGCAUCCUGGCACUUUGUAGUAGUGUCUCGAUACAGUGUAAGGUAAAAGUUACCUUUGCAAUUUGCUGUGUGAUGUGCUGCAUAAAUUUCGGAAGGCCAUUUAUAUCUGGUGCCCUGGAUAUCGGUAUAGUAGGAUACAACUUAAAUAAACAGCCGUUGGCAACCAAGGCACACGGACUGAGCUGCGUUGUUACUCUGCCAGUCAAUCACAGAAGCAAACAAAAUCGUUGUCAUGUGACCAUUUCAAAAUGGCGUCGUACUUGAUACCUCCGGAGCGUCUGCUGCCCUUGUAAAGUCUUUUCAUCAAUGAAAGUGAUGAGGUGUGCAACAGCCAUGGAUAUAGUGUAUGGAGUCUGAGCAUUUCACUCUUCAAAAGUCCACGGUACAGUUCAUUUCACUGCUUAGCCCGUUUCACUCGUGAAACUUCACUGCCAACUAAAGUGAAACUUGACAAUAAAUAGUUGCAGCAAAGCGUGCAUUUUAUUUCAGUUCAAUAAAGAAUUAGGCUUUCACCGUUCCGCUAUAAUAGACGAGUGAAAACGUACAAAAUUAUGUGGUUAUAAUUUUAUUUUUGUGGUUACCGCCUUAUUUAGGUAACAGGAAAAAACUUAAGUACGAACUAUUUGCAGCCUCGCGGAGGAACGGUGGCUGGCGGUUAUGAGGGUGUGGGUGGGGCUUCACUGCAGACUUGAGUUGUAUCCGACUAUAGGUGUGAAUUUUUGCACAUUCCUGACACUGUUUAUGCAUCGUAUGCAUUAACAUAUCAAUGUAAUUCAGGAAAGAACACGAACGACACAUAGUUCAUGCCAUGUUGUGCUCGCGUAGGUGCUGCCACUUUUCACAAUCUGGACAAGAAGUCCUCUGAAAAGUUGGUCUGCAUGGCCAGUUGUUUUAUGGUGUGCAGUACCAGUGAUAUUACUCUUUUAAACACUGUUUUUCAAGUUUUUCUCACUGCAGGAGCAGUCGAAAUGCAUAUGGUCUUUACAUGUUUGCAUAUUUUUUAUUUGCUCAUCCGGGCGAAGUGCUGCUUAUUUUCCUGUGUACCUAUAUCACGUGUUAUACGUAUGUGUUGUAUGUACAUACCACAAGAAGCAAUAAAUGCUCUCCGUGUUA